UUACAAAAGGUCAGAAAUGAACUAUCUUCCCUUGAGAGAGUGGGAUCCAGUAUGCAUAACCCUCACGGCUAUUUCCCCUCUGGUUUUGCAGCUUGAGAAAAUGGCAUGUAACACACCUAACCAAAGACAGCGGACUAUGUCAACAUCUGGAGAAGCUCUAUAUGAAAUUCUUGGUCUGCAUAAGGGAGCAUCAAAUGAAGAAAUUAAGAAAACCUACAGAAAAUUGGCCUUGAAACACCAUCCAGACAAGAAUCCAGAUGAUGCAGGUGCUGCUGAGAGGUUUAAAGAAAUCAACAACGCCCACACAAUACUAACUGACACGUCAAAAAGAAACAUAUACGACAAGUACGGAUCACUGGGACUCUAUGUGGCCGAGCAAUUUGGAGAGGAAAAUGUUAAUACCUACUUCAUGCUGUCAAGCUGGUGGGCAAAGACUUUGUUUGUCAUCAUUGGCCUCUUGACCGGCUGCUAUUUCUGCUGCUGUCUCUGCUGCUGUUGCAACUGCUGCUGUGGACGCUGCCGGCCUAAGUCAUCGAUGCCAGAAGAGGACUUCUAUGUGUCCCCAGAGGAUCUUGAGGAGCAGAUCAAGACUGACAUAGAAAAAGAUAUGGACUUUCCAGUUGUCCUCCAGCCUACAAACGCAAAUGAGAAAACACAGCUAAUCAGAGAAGGACCUCGAAGUUAUUGUACAGACUCUUAAUAUUGAGCCCAUUGAGGGUCCACAGUACCUCCUCUUGGUUCAGUCAUGUCUCCAGGUGGUCUUGAUGGGGGAUGGUAGGGGACAUGAAAUGCUGUGAACUUUUCCACAUUUGUAUCUUACUUUUAGGUUAAGGAAAGAUGAUUGCUACAUAAUUUUCUCAGUAUGCAGAUUCACUCUUUGAGUAGAAUUCCUAAUGGAAACACACAUUCCAUUUUAAUGAAUAAAGGCCUGAAGAGUUGUUUUAUGCUCCUUGUAUGAGGUAAGACAGUGGCAUUGGACAGGCUUAUGAGCCUGCCCUUUAUGUGAGCCAGACCUUGUUCCUUAUAGACUAAAGUAGUAUUUCAAAACCGAAGCCACUUUUCAUCUAUUUAACUAAAUGUAGUAUUCAUAUCUGCCUUUAAAUAUCAACAGCAAAACAUACAUGAGAAUUUAGGAGGAAUAUUUUGUGUGUGUGGAGAUUUUUCCUGUCAUAUUCAAUAUGGCUACAGAAAUAUUUCAAAGGCAAGAAGAAAUUAUUAGGUAAAGACAAAUCGUAUUAUUUUAAAGUAUAUUUUUGAAAGAUUACGAAUUGUCACUUACUGAAAACUGACAAAACCAGGAAGGAAGAAGUUUUGUGUGUACUUGUAGAUUGGCAUAAAAACAAAAACAAAAACAAAAUUUCAGCCUGGUUAAAGGUUAUAAAUGAUCCAGAAAGUAAUUCUGGGCCCAAACCAGCCGCAAACAAUGUGUUUAACAAUUUUAAGUUAAAAUAAUUUUUGUCCAACAGGCUUAGAUUAGCCAGACUAAGAAAAAGAAACACAUGAGGUAAAGGACAGAGUUCUAAAUUCUACAGCCUAAAUUUAAAUUUAACGGCAUAUCACUCACCCCAUCUUCAGUGGGAUUAAUAACACUGACCAGAAAAUGCUCUGCUCUGUGCACGUUGAACAUUUAUGCUCAGAGGUCAUCUCUGCAUUUACUUGUUUGAACCUUAUAUUCAUCACGUGGAAGAAACCAUAUGCUAUUUCUAAAAUAGUAAGCAGCAAGUGUUUGUUUUUUUCCAGGUCUUCCUUAGUUCUUUAUGUAAUAUUGCAUUUUUCAAGAUCUUGUUAUGUUUUUAUGUAACACUGCAUGAAAUGCCGUUUCCUUUUUUUCUUUGUUUCUUAUUCUGCCUCACCACCAAAUUACCGUUAAUUAAAGUUAAAUAUACAUUGUAAGUGGGAAUUGGUGUUAUAGCUGAUACUUCUGACAUAACUAAAACUCUGCUCUAACUCUUGAGUUACUGGAAUUCUUUUUUUAAAUCGACAUAAUUAAGUAGAAAGAGCCCUGGUUUGAAAAUUAAGAACCUGGUUCUAAUCUAAGUGCUCACAAACUAGCCCUGUGACCAAGUGAGAUGAGAAUAAUAUGGCUAAUCUCUCUGACUCUGUUUUCAUAUCUUCUCUGUUCAUAUUCCUAAUUGCUGCCAAGAUCAGGUGAAAUAGUUGAAGUGAAAGAACUCUGAAAAGUCAAGUAUUUAACAAGUAUAAGAUGGUUUCACAUGAGUUUGUAUGUGUUGAUACACAUAGACAAAUGUAAUGUGACUCUUUAUGUAUAUAAACACUCUCAUCCAACAAGACCCAUGAAAAUACCCAAUACUAACAGUGCCAGUGACCAGUAAGUGCUCAGAACUCUACUCAACAAUUGAGUGCUACUUUCCAUUUGAAGGGAACAAUGAGAUAAACAGCCCCAUCUGGGGAUAAUUUGAGCCACUACAUUUCCUUCCUGAGGCCUCUAACCAAAACAUCAGUCCUGUUUUUGAACAGGAACUUACAAGUCACGAAGCUCAUCUUCUCUUUCUCUCCCAGACCUCUGUUUUCUUUCUGACGCGGAAUUUUUUACUUCCACUCCCAGCUUUCCCAGAGAGCUGGUACAAGAGUGGUCGCGAUGAGAAUAGGGCAGGAAUUAGAAUCAGAAUCAGAUGGUGGAAUUCCUGGAGGCAUUCUGGCCAAUGUUUCCCACAUAGGGCUAGUUUCUAGUUACCACGGUUGUGGCAAAUGCAUGCACAUGGAUGUCUCUGAGUGAGGGAAUGAAUUCUACAGAAUGCCCGUUAGCUACAUAGAAACAAGGAUCCACUCUCCAUCUGAGGAGGGGCCACGUAAGCAUCUUGUGGAGUUGCCAUCUGGAAUCACCUGUUAUUAUUCUGAGUCCACAAGCAUCUUAGCAAAGAAGCAUUGAGGAAAGAAAGGACAUGCUGACUGUGAUCCCCAGCAAUGGCUGCAUGGCUCCGGUUCAUGCAGGGUUAAAUAAGCUGCCACUUCAGUGGCUCACUACCUAAUCCUGGUCUCCAGGCUAUCAGAGAAGGGGAUUUCGUAUAAGGUUUCAUAGGUCAACCAUUUAUUUAUCGUUUUG